UUUUGAAUGUAGCUAAUUGAGGAGGGUACGUUUGUUGUUCGAACUUAUAGUGAUGCAUAUAUGCAUACGCGAUGAGCAAUGAUGGUAAUAAUAUUAGUUGAAUUUCACCAGUUGGAUUUAAAGAAUAAGACCAAGUUGAGACGAACACGCGACAAUAUAGCACGUCAGGAUUCAGCUUUGAAGGAUAUAGAUAGAUAUAUGUAUUGUUAUUAUGAUCUCUUCUUCAUGCUGUAUUUAUAUAAGUAGAUGCAAUGUACGUCUAAGGUAAUCAUACUUGUCACUACUCUCCAAGCGUAACAUACGAUCGUGUUGUAUAAGUUGUAAUAUUAGCUGGACAUUGCGGUGGAUGAAUUUUCUCGCGCGGUAGAUUUUUCAAUAAUUAUAAGAGAAAAUAUCGCCCCAUGUAGUCUAUCCAACAACAGACAUUUCAAAACGGUUUCAAUACAGUAUUCAAAACAGAAUAUACAUAUAAUACGUGAGAGUGAAAUUUUACGAUAAUUUUCAACGGCUCAAGAAUUACCGGAAGUCUACUGUGCCAGGGAUGUGGAAGAGGCUGCGGCUACAGAGCGGGUGAGCGGAACGCAGCGGACGUUAUCUGCGGCAGUUGGCGUUGGGAACCAAGAUUAGAAGCAGAAUCGGUAAACGUUAGACCCGUCUAAACACCUGUCUACUCUAAUCCAUCGCUACGGAGGAACCUGGCAAACCUACGAACGAAGAAGAGCAUCGAGAAUAAGAGUGAACGGGCACAUGCCCGUCAAUCGGAAGAUCGGUAAGAGGCCGCUCGAUUUGUAGGAUUCGAAUUUUUCGAGCCCCCGAAAGAAGCGAGGAAAGCUCGCGACGCCGGAACUAUGAUGCCCUCCGUGAAGAAACCCAUCGUCCUAGCCGUUAUUGGCAAUCUCUUCAUCGUUAUCGGCAUCGCACUUUGCGCUUCAUGGCCCAUUCUGCUUGCAAGAAUAUUUAUUAAGGAAUUACAUCUCGCCCCACAAUCGAAGAGUUUCGAUAUUUGGCGUGAUUCUAAGAGUAUGCCGAUGUACCUGGAGAUAUAUUUUUUCAACUGGACGAACCCUCAGGAAUUGAAGAUACCGGGUAAAAAACCAAACUUCGCUCAACUCGGUCCCUACACUUUUCUGGAGAGGCGCGAGAAAGUGAACGUCGUUUUUCAUGACAAUGGCACGGUCAGUUACGACCAGAUGAGGACCUGGUUUUUCGAAGCCGGGAAAAGCAACGGCUCGUUACACGACAAUAUUACCCAAUUGAACGUCGUGGCACUUUCAGCCGCGCACAAGGUUCGUCACUGGACGUUCUAUUGGCAGAAAGCACUCAAUAUUUUCAUGGCUGGUAUAAACGAUGUUCAUGUAACAAAAACCGUGGACGAGCUGCUCUUCAAAGGAUACGAAGACCCGCUGAUCGAUAUGGGAAAGAUUUCCCCAGUCGCUGACAUUCCGCCAUUCGAUAAAUUUGGAUGGUUUUACAUGAGAAAUCAUUCGACGGCGUUCGACGGUCAUUUCAACAUGGCUACCGGUGAAAAGGACAUAACGACCCUAGGCGUUCUUCGAAAUUGGAACUACAAUAACGUCUCUACCUUUUUCGAGUCGCCUUGCAACGCGGUAGAAGGAAGUGCGGGAGAGUUUUGGCCCCCGAAGAGAACCAGGGAUGAGAUCACUCUUUUUUCCGCCGAUAUUUGCAGGCCGCUGAUUUACGAGUACGAUGGAAUCGUGGAGCUCCACGGUAUCGAAGGUUAUCAAUAUUCAAUUGGUGAAAAAACUUUGAGCAACAGUACAAAACGACGUUACCCGCACGAGCAAGCAAAAUAUUUCCAGACAACGAUGGCAUCGACGGAGGAUUUUUUCGCGAUCGACGCACCGGUGAACGCGACCAUCGAAGCUCUGGAAGAUUACGGCGACUCUGACGUCGUUAACGUCGGGCAGUGCUUUUGCAGCGGCGAUUGCACACCCUCCGGACUUAUAAAUGUUACGGCAUGUCGAUACGGAGCACCUGCCUACGUUAGUCUUCCUCAUUUUCAUAAGGCCGAUCCAAUUUAUCGAGAAAAAGUCACGGGAAUGGAUCCGAACGAUGAAAAGCACGGUUUUCGCAUCAUCCUCGAACCGACAACGGGUAUUCCACUGGAUGUGGCAGCGCGUUUGCAAAUCAACAUUUUGCUCCAACCCUCGCAAUAUAUCAACCUCUACAAGGACGUACCGACGAUUUAUUUCCCCAUGUUCUGGUUCAACGAGCAUGUCGGAAUAACCGGAAACCUCGCCACCCCUCUAAAAAUAUUCACGCAGCUUCCAACGAUCGGAUUUUACUCCGGAAUCGGACUAAUAUUUUUGGGAGCUCUUCUAGUCCUGCUCGCCGGAAUCAUCCACUAUUUGGAUAGAAGGAAAAAUGCUACUCCGAUUGCGAUACCACAGGCUAAUAUGAUUCCUUCUCAAAAAACUGAGUUAGUUUAUUUGGACGCCAGCGUACCGCUAGACGACGAUAACCAGACACGAAAAGACCGUCAGCUUUACCCGAAGCUCAUCGGAAACGGCGUUGGAGAAAAUCAGCUGCCAAAUUUGUGACGAUCUGAUUUCGAACCGAACGAACAUCCGACAAAUUGUCGGAGGUAACUACAGACAAACUCCUCGACAUUAUAUAAAUUUGCCAAAUGCUAUGAUAAUUUUAAAAUUCGGUGAACGAAUUUUAACGGCAUCUUGAAAGAGAGGGCAAAAAAUAUUUUUAAAUACCUAUCUACGGAGCGUUUUAAUUAAAUUUUUGAACAAAUACUUUUGUUACCCACAGUGAGCGGUUGUAACUUGUAAAUAUUAGAACUUAAUAGUACGGAAACCGUGUAUCGCGCGCACGGGCGAAUAUUCAUGGAUGCAUGUCAUGUCACGAUAUAAGAUGACACGUAGGGUGACUCAUGGUUUGUGUAGAUUCACGAUGUAUAUAUGUACGCGCAUUACGAAAGAUAAGCGAUAAUAUUUUAUACCAAAGUUUUUGAAAAAAAUUUUUGCUCUGUACGCAAAAAACCAUCUUUUUAAGGUUUUUUUCAUCACAUCAUUUUAUACCAAAUUUGUCACCCUGUAGAUUGACGACAAGAGAGUUCAAAAACGUCAUCAAACCCUGUGUGUAUAGAUAUAUAUUUUUCUAUACAAAAAGUAGUGAUGAUCAUGUAACAUACUUAUACAUAUGAGUUUGUAUACAUAAAUAUGUUCAACACAUGACCCACAUAAUAUUAAUUAUUUCACUCUAACUUUCAUUUAAUUUGGUUAAUUUUAAUUUACCACGCUAUAAUAAGACUUUAACAUUUACAUAUGUGCACGUACCUAUUACGCCUUCAAAUUACACAUGAUGCUUGCAAAAAGAAAGAAAAAAGAGAUGACUGUUUAACUUUUUCUUUCUUCUUUUUUGUGUCACAUGAUGACAUAUACGCAUGCACACUUCAAGGCAUUUGGUAUUCCAUGUGUUCACAAAGCUAAUAUACACGGAUAAUUUGAAUAUACUAUUCAGGCACAUAAAAGUAUGAUAUGUAUAUCGAGCAAAUGGAUCACAUGAAUAUUAUGAUUAAUAUAGGGUAUAUUUAUUUAAUAUUAAAUACUUUCAUCUAACCAUAAUCAUAAUGAGCGUAUAUGUAUGUACAAUAUUUGUACGUAGGUGAAUUGAAAAACUACAGGGACUUGAAAUAUGACAUUAUUAUUAUUAUUAUUACCACUAUUGUUAUCAUUGUUACUGUUAUCGUUAUUUUUAUUAACCAGACUAGCUUGAGAUGAUAUCGUCAUUAUAUGUAUGUUACCGCAUUAAAGACGUUUAAAAUCAUAUUUUAUCAAACACUCAUCGACAGUGAAAUUUAAAUACAUAAGUAUAAAUAUAUACCAUAUGAUUGAAUAAUAUAGGAAACAUACAGGAACUUAUUUUAGAAGUAAUACCAGAUAAGUCACAGUAAUAUACAUAUAGGGCAUUUCAACGUCGGACAGGCCACUUUUCGCAAAAUAUUUUUCGAAGUUGAUGAAAUUUUUCGACGUCCUGAAGCGUCUCAAUCAAUCGAACCAUGGUCAGACCACUUAUUGACGCCGAAAGUCGGAGUUUCCAAAUUUAAGAGAUAGGUCAAUUUAACUUGUGAAUUCAGAUUCAUAAGAUC